AUGGGGGACAAGCGAAGGCACACCAUCCACACCAUGCCUUUAUGGGAGCGGGACUAUUCUGUGGAGAGUUGCAGCCGAGGCGGCCGGCGUUGUGUCCACGUGGUUGCCAUGGGGACCAGUGACAAACAUUGUCAGACAUUUACUGUCAACACCAGUAGUGAAAAGACGAUUAUUUGCGUGUCUGAAUAUGCUCGAGGGAUGUAUGACGAGACCGUGACGGUUUUGAACUCGCGCGAGAUCGAGAGCCCCGAGAAUUCUGACGAGGAGGUGGUGGUGAGGAGCGCCAUGUCGAAGUUCAACCCUCCGGUGCGGCACACCGCGAGGCACGACUUCGAUUCUGAUAGCGAUUCUGACUCGGAGCCCGAGAAGUUCUUGAGUAACUUAUCUGGAGAGGAUGAGUCUCCAGAAAGAAAACCUGACCUGAAACCAGAUAAAGUUCUAGAAGUAAAGAAGCAAGCUUCAGUUGAGAGCACUGGAAGACCCAAACUAACUCAACCGGCUAAAACUACGGACUCUUCUAAUUCUGAAUCGGACAGCGGAGAUGUGGAAGAAGAAAAAGUGGAGCCCGCGCUUGGUAGCGGUCGCAAGCGCGGCGGCGCGGGUGUGGUCAUCCCAGCAGAGGGCGCUUAUGACCCCAAGCAUUUCCAGGACCUGAAGGUGCCUCCGGACAUGGAGAAUAUAUUCCAGUACAUCAUGAAGUACACCCCUCAGAAGAUCGACAUAGAGUUUAAAUUGCAGCCGUUCGUGCCGGAAUACGUGCCGGCGGUGGGCGACAUCGACGCCUUCAUCAAGGUGGCCACGCCGGCCUGCAACGUGCGCGCGCAGCCGCUCGCCGACCAUGUGCUCGAGCAUAUUGACAACUUGGGUUUAACAGUCCUUGACGAGCCGGCGGCUGAACAGAGCGAUUCAGCCCUCCUACACUUGCAGCUCAGAGCCAUAUCCAAGACGAAUAGCGCCAAAUCUACCGUUUUAACGAAAAAAAUAGACAAUGCUGAAAAGAACUCGAAAGCAAUUGAGAGGUGGAUAAAGGACGUCAGCGAGUUGCAUCUGUCGAAACCGGCCCCCACCGUCACGUACACGAGCAAAAUGCCAGACAUCGACAGCCUAAUGGAAGAAUGGCCGGAAUCCAUGGAGGAAACCCUCAACGACGUCGGAUUCCCUCCCGCGACCCUCGACUGUUCUUUAUCCCAGUACGCGGACUUAGUAUGCGGAUUAUUUGACAUUCCAGUGGCGGGAGACACGCUGGAUGACAGGAUCAGGGCUCUACAUGUACUGUUCAGUUUGUACGCGGCUGUCAGCCAUUCACAGUUGUAUGUGGAGCGGCAGAAAGAGAGGGAGGAAGUAGAUAAGGUUGAAUAAAAUAGAUUUUGUAAGUA